AUGGUUGAAAGUCGUCCACGAGAUUCUUGUCUAGUCUCAACAAUUUUCGUCAUGCCAAGCCAUAACGAAACCCAAUGGAGCUUUUCUCUUUCUGGCAAACGCUAUUUUCUCAACAGCGACGACGAGACCGAUCUUCAUAGCCACAAGAAGAAGAUUCACAAGCUCACCAAGUUCUUGAAUCUUGACGAUGAAUGCUCAACCAGCAGCAACAACGGAGGAGAAAACGGAUCUUCAGAUUCAGGAGGAUCGUUUAUCCCAGGGAUGAACAAAGACGAAUCCAUAAGCUGUUUGCUUCGUUGCUCGCGAGCUGAUUACUGCUCCAUUGCUUCAGUGAGUCGAAGUCUAUGGAAUCUGAUUCGAACCGGAGAGAUUUAUAGGCUCAGGAGGUUACAAGGGAUGCUCGAGCAUUAG